UCCACCACAUCCCAGCUUCGAUUUCCAUUUCUUUCUUCGCAAACCAAAGCCAAACCACCAAAAGAAAAUCUCCCCUCUACUCGCGCGCGCACCGCAACGUCGAUGCUCACGACAACCCGAAUUUAAUCAACACUCUUCGCCAAGGCCUCGCAAAUAUGCUGACGCCCACGAGCACCUUCGCCCUCCGCCUCGCCGGCCAGGGCGCCGCCCGCGCAUCGAUUGCCUCUUCCAUCGCCCGCACCACCGCAUGCCCGUACUCGACCGCCUCCAUGAAGCAGCACCAAGCCUCUGCCCGCCCAAUUGGCCUCGCCUCGACAGCCGGCCCCAUCGCCCGAACCAGCGCCGCCUUUGCCGCAUCCCCCUCGUCCUCCAUCGUCGCCCGCGUCGUCCGCCAACCCUGCUCCCACCGCUGCAACGCUACCGCUACCGCCUCCGCUGCGGCGCAACAAAAGUCCGCCCCUACGCCGGGGGACAGGUUGGACUGGGAGACCUUCUUCCAGCUGCGCAAGUCCCGUAGAAGGUGGCAACUUGGCUUCAGCGUCAUUUCCGGGCUGGGAUCCUUUGUUGGCGGUGCUGGCAUCUUGGCUACUGGCAUUGCGGACCCGCUGGUGACACAGAUUCCUCUGGAUCCUUUCAUUACGAUGGGUCUUAUGACGAUGGGCUUCGGUGCUCUUGGAUGGCUUAUUGGACCUAGCGUUGGUUCUCUGGUGUUCUACACGCUGAACAAGAGGUGGAAGACUCAGAUGACGGUGAAGGAGAAGGAAUUCUUCGCCCGCAUCAAAAAGAACCGUGUUGACCCCUCUGUCUCCUCUGUUGGUAACCCUGUCCCCGAUUUCUACGGCGAGAAAAUCUCAAGCGUCAAGGGCUACCGCCAAUGGCUCAAGGACCAGCGAGCCUUCAACAAGAAGCGUGUCAGCUUCGUGUAGAGUACUACCCCAACGACCAACCACCACGGCUCUCUGCCGAGGACAGUUUCUUUAGGAUUAAUCAGGAUCGUGGCUAGCGGGCGAAGGCAGCCCUCCUCUCUUUGUAGCAAUAGGGGUAUCGCGUAGGAAAAGUAUGUAUCAUGACGACCCAGCCCCCCUCGUCAGAACAAAUUCAACUUUUUUAUAUCCAAAUCUUUUCUCUCCCGUCGCCCCGCCCUGCUCCAUCUCAGGUGAAAGGCAACGUGGGGUCCACGUCUCUCUUCCACGCCCGCAUGCCACCGUCAAUGUCUCCAAUGAAUCUUUUGCCGUUGUUAUCCAGCGCUAGAUCUUUCAAACGCUUCGCUGCAAGCUGUGAGUCGUUGCCGACCCUGCAAACAAGGUAAAUGGGCGAGUCCUCGGGGAAAUCCGACGGCAGCCACCCAGGUUGAGGCUUAACGCCCUCGCUUGACGGCUGCGUCUCCUUCAUGAACUUUGCAAUCGGUACGCUGACAGCGCCAUCGAUGCUACAAAUGUCAAAGUUCUCGCGCUCUCGAACGUCCAGCAAAAGAUGCCGGCCUCCUUCCUCCUUGGACACACGCUCGUACUCGGUCGCAGAGAUACGCUCCUCGGGUGCAAGAACACUAACCGGCGCAGCAACACCGCAAAACGAUACAUAGUCCAGCGAUCCCGAUCGCAGAGUCUCGAGAGAAAGCGUCGACGCCGCAGAGCAAGC